UCCUUCACCUGGGAGCCGACUCUGAGCACAUGAAAAGAUCACGUCCUCCUGCUCUUUAUUAGACUGAAGUGAGACACUACUUGCAGGACUUGAAGGCCGUACAGGAGCAUGAACAGGUCGACACAGCUUAGCAGGGCUUGUGCUGGUUUACGAUACUGAACCAGAACACGAAGACCAUAACAUGCAGAACUGGAACCAGGGCUGGGCCUGAAGACUGGGCUGGAGCUUGAACUGCAGCUUGACUUGAAGCAGUGCUAGGGCUGGGAUCAGAUGUGGGUACAGAACCGACGCCAGAGCAGUAGCUUGGGCUGAGCAUGGUUGCUGCACAGGAGCUUGAACUGGCCGCGACUGCUGCGAUGGAGCUUUGACGUGGUUUGGCGCCGGGUGCAGCAGACGCAGGAAAAGAGUUUGCAGCAACAGUCUGUGGCUUGGUAGCUGGGAUUGAGGUGGACUAAGACACUGUGGCUGGAACUGGCUAGAAUCACGUUAGCGUCAGCUCCAGUACUUAAACUGGAGACCACUGCAGGGCUGGAGCAGAGGCUUGGCCGGUAAAGAAAUGUGAGGCUGGCGUUGAGACAUCAACUGAGAACCGCCAUAGAGCAGACUGAGGCUUAAACAGGAAGAGGGCGGGGACCAGAGUCUGGCAAGCACGGAACGCUGAGCGAGCUCCAGCUCGUCACCCGGGUCCAUCGUGAGCCUGUCCAUGAGACAAUUCACCGCACUCAACCAAACUUCGGGGGUUGGCGCCUCAGUGACAGCUUUUAUAGGACCUUCGUGACACAAGCAGCAGUUCUCGGUCAAACCUGACUAGACAAGGUCCAUGGUGCCGAAACAAACGUCUCCACCCAGCAUGAAAAACAACCCGGAGAAUAGUGCGACAGACUGAGGGCUAGCUGGGUUCAAGUAGUACCAAAAUAAAACAGGAAAUGGCCAAACAGUUACCAGAAUUAUCGAUUCAGUACAGUCCCCAGCUCCCAGAGGCCAAGGAGACGUUCAGCCACAGCUCAAACCCAGGCUUACCCAUUUAUGUCGACCCAAACAGGAACUGAACUGCGCAAAGUUGCAGGAGACGUCAUUUGCCUAGUGCUGAGUUGCUCCUCAGCAGCAUAUGUUCAUAUUAUUCCAGGUCUGUAGGUAAAUCUGCCCUUUAUUUGCACAGUCAAAUGAUUUCUGAAGAUGCAGCGACAAGGACCAAACGUUGACAUACUGUAAGUGCGUCUUCUAUUCAAAUGAUUGCUCCAAUAUGACAAAGUGCCAGUAUGAGACGCAAGCCGGAGACUCACCGAGCAUCAAAGGCAUGAAGGCAGAGAUGAAGAGCCGUCUCCUUGGACCUGUCCUCCUCCUCCUCCUCUUCCUCCGGGCUCCUGCGUCUGGCCUGGGCUCAGUGUUGGUGAAGAGCUUCACAUACAUCCAGAGUUACUACACGUGGCAGGAAGCUCAGACAUUCUGCAGACGGUAUGAACCCCACCUGCCUGAUCGUCUCACUGAGGAACAGCAGUCGGACGCAGACGCUUUGUAUCUGCAGAGUUACUACGCCUGGAUCGACGGACAGCAGACUCCCAACUUCUACUGGAGCUGGUACUAUGGAAACCAAGUCUCCCCCUGGGGAGGAAAUAAACCAAGCUCUGGUGAUGCAUGUGUCUAUGUCAGCUCCAAUGAUAAACGGUUUUAUGUGGCAGAUUGUGAGAAAUAUUACUUCUUCAUCUGUUACACAAUGGAACAAGGUGAAAUCCAGUACACAUUCAUUAAUCAGACAAAGACUUGGUCUGAUGCUCAGCAGCACUGCAGCACCAUGAACCAGGACCUGGCAGUGAUCAGUAAUUACGAUCAGCUCUACUCAGCUUCCAGUGAGCACGACUUCCCGGUCUGGACUGGACUCUACAGAGACGGGGCAACAUGGUCGUGGAGCGCUGGUCUGUCCGACUACAGGAACUGGGCCCUGAAUCAGCCGGGGAACAAUGGGGACUGCGUCGCCAUCUCCUCUGUGAGCAAAACCAUGACGACCCAAAACUGCUCGGCCCGUUAUCCCUUCGUCUGCUUCGUGGACAACCUGCUGCUGGUGAAGGAGAACCGGACCUGGGAGGAGGCGCUGGAAUACUGCAAAGAACUCAACGCACAGCUGGUCAGCGUGCAGCCUGGAGACUACACCUACAUAAGUGACAGAGCGAUGGAGGCCGACACAGACGAGGUGUGGACGGGCCUUCGGUACCUGGCUGGUAGUUGGUUCUGGGUGAACGGGGCAGAUAUGACGCUGUCUGACCUGCCUGGCUGCCCUCUCUCCGAGCUGCACUGUGGAGCCUUCUCUAAAAACGAUCCAGGAAGCCUGGAGGCCCGGGACUGUGUGGAGGAGAAGAACUUUCUGUGCUACAGCGAGGGGUGAAGUCCCAUCAUUGUUUGCUUUUGUCUUUAUGCAAAUGAGUCGUUACAGCAGCUCUUUCAUAUUAGAUCCUGUGUAAAAAGGUAGAAACCCAGAUGAGACUCAUCCUUGAUUUGAAACUUGAGGAAAUAAAUGAUGCAUUAGUAAAUAGAUCACUCAUAUUUUAUUGGCUAUAAUUCAGUAGCAACAUUGAAAAUGUACAAUUUAUACAUUACACUAAUUUAUCGAACUAUUUAAACCCAUUCAUACCAGUCAUCACUGUCCAGGCAGCUGCUGUGACUCCUGCACAUCUGGAUCACAGCUGUUUAGUGCAGCUGUAAGAAAGAAUGGACUUACUUUUUUUAUUUUAUUGGCCUGCAGGAAACAAAUAACAACUAUGUAGAUGUAUGUUUCUGUGUCUGCAGUGCACAGCUGCCU